ACGCGGGUAUGAUGAAUGCUGAACACGUUUUUCGUUUCCACGCAGUGUUAUUUCUGCUCCAAAGUGACGAUCGUGUGUGUGAAAGUGAUUUGUAAAAUAUUUUGGCAACAGUUUCACGCCUGUUUGAUCCUGAAUGGUGGCAAAGCCGUAGAAAGAGUUAAUUCAUAACCAAGAGCCGCUCCUUGAACGUUUCCGCCCAGCUCAUUGACUGACAAUGAGUUUACCGACAAAAUUACGUGUGCUAACAUUUAAUAUUUACUCGAUAAUAGAGAAAUUUAUUUAAACUCACCCAAUGGCCUCAACUUCGUCUUACCUCUAGAUUUCUACGGGUCAAAAUGGCUUAGAGCCACGAGAUUCCCACCACCCCUCACAGAUGUUAUCGUAGAGCAAAAGUUUUUCCUACCCCUAUGAUGCUAAUAAGUUGUCAUCGUCUAACCAUUGGGGAAAUGGCAAGCGGGGCAGUCUGUUCGCCACUGACAACGACAUUUCCAAGAACGAAUAGCCUCUCAGAAAACGUCGUCAUCGUUAUCGUCAACGUUUACGGUAGCGACACAGAUGGUUUCCGGAUACUAGGAGGAACAAGAUGGAAGGUGGAAGCCGCAGGUGCCAUGACAGAAACGAAGAGUAGCUCAGCUAUGAUGUCAACCGCUUUCCACGACGAUGUUAAUUAUAUAGGAUUUAUUUACUCGAUGAUCAACACUUUCGUUAUGACAUUGAAUGUCCGAUUCAUUCAUUUCCAUUCGUUUUGAAUUUGUACAGAGGAUAUCAAUACCCGA